UUUCUUAACACAAACGUCAACUUGAGAUCUCAGGUAAUGGAUAACUUUUCAAGUUAAAAAACAAAUUUUCUUUGUAAGGAAUACUAUGCAUAUAUGUUCACAGGAGUAAUGCAGGAUUUUGAGGCUGGUGCAAAGUCAAGUUUAAACUCUUAAGACAAUGGGGCGUCUUUAUUUAGAAAUCCAUUGCCUUUAUCAGCUUAAAACAUGUUGAAUUCAACUAAGACAGCAUUAAUUUACAACUUCCUGGAUGAGAAACUACAACAAUGAUAACAUGAUUGAGAAAGAACUUAAAGGAAGUGUAGGAAGAUUGAUCAGUAUCCUGUUUGCAUCCUGGACACCAAACUCAAGUACCACUUGAUACCAACAUACCAGGAUGUUUUGGAAGUUUCAUUUGUUGAAUUCCCACAUAGACACUCUUCUUGACAAGGAGGAUGUGACACUUCAUGAAUUGAUGGAUGAGGAUGAUGUGUUGCAAGAAUGCAAGGCACAAAACAGGAAGUUACUGGAUUUUUUGAUCCGUCCUGAGGUGAUGGAAGAGAUGGUCAACCUUGUUACAACGGAACCAGAUGAAAGUUUAGAAGAUAAAGUCAAGUACAAAUAUCCAAACACGGCUUGUGAACUGCUGACCUCAGAUGUAGCUCAGAUCACAGAAAGACUUGUGGCUGAUGAGGCCCUGUUGGCCAAAAUAUACGGGUUUUUGGAGGCAGAGGGGCCUUUGAACCCACUUUUAGCAAGCUUCUUCAGCAAGAUCAUGGGUCUGCUUAUCAACAAGAAAUCUGAGUUUAUGUUGGAUUAUUUGAAGUCUAGGGAUAAUUUUGUUGGCAAUUUACUGCAUCAUAUAGGUACCUCUGCAAUUAUGGACUUACUUCUUAGGCUUAUCACUUGCGUGGAAAUUGCAGAAACCAGAAAUGCAAUAUUAAAUUGGCUAAAUGAGGAAAAACUUAUACAAAAAUUAGUUGCCAUGAUUGACCCCUCAGAAGAUGAGGAGAAACAAAGCAAUGCUUCCCAGUCUCUGUGUGAUAUAAUAAGGCUCAGCAGAGAGCAAAUGUCACAGUUACAAGAUAAAUGUGACCCAGACCCUUUAUUAGCUACUGUUGAAGCUCAAGAUACAGUGAGUGACCUCCUCUGUCACAUGUUCAAUGGAGAGAAGAAGGAAACUGUUCUCACGGAUGGACUGACUGUGAUACAGUGUCUAAUAGAGUUCAGAAAAACAGGUCCUGAAGGCUUACAAGAAGAAAUGACACCAUUAGAUGCUGAACGCCUUGCCUUAGGUGUGAGCAAUACACUAAUGGCAGUCACGCCAAGGUUGAAAGAUUUUCAUCAAGUUCUCCUCAACCCUCCUAAACAAAAAUAUAGUGCAAUGCCCACUACAGUUGGAUCACUUGAUCCUCCUUUGGGGAACUCCAGAUUACAUGUGGCCAGAUUGGUGACCUCCCUAUUACUCACAAAUACAAAUGCAAUUAAUUCAGAGUUAGCUAAUUUGGGAACCAUGAAUGUUUUAUUGGAUCUCCAUUUUAAAUAUAUAUGGAACAAUUUCCUUCAUACCCAGUUGGAACAAUGUGUUUAUACAAUACUAACCAAUACACCUACAGAAAAUGAAGGAAAACAGGAAAAUGUGCUUCUAGAUCAAUUGUUUUUAGAUUGUAGAAUAGUGCAGAGGAUUUUAGAGUCUUUUGAAAUUAAUGAGCAAGAUCAGUCAAGGCCUGGUGGUCGCAGGAGAGGUCAUAUGGGCCAUACCACAAAAAUUGCCAAUGAUAUUGUGGACUGCAUGGAUAAAGGAAACAAUAGUGAUCACAUUAAACAAAUAUUUAAAGAGUUGGAUGAAGAUGUGAGGCAAAAGUGGGAGAGGUUUACUUCUGGAGUUUUAGCAGAGGUCAAUAAAAAGAACACAGUUGAACUGGGAGGAACUCCUGUCAAUGUACUUCAGGUCGGUGGCCACCCUCUGCAUUCAAGUAGUGAAGAUGAUGAUGCAGAUUUCCGUGACAUUCCAUUUCCCCAGGACACGGCUUUACAGCAGGCCUUCUCUGAUUAUCAGCUGCAACAAAUGACCAGUAAUUUUAUUGACCAGUUUGGCUUCAAUGACGAAGAGUUUGCUGAGCAAGACGGGAGGAUAGAUGCACCUUUCACAGACAGGAUAUCCAGUAUUGACUUCAAUAUCAAUGCUAGUGAAGACAAUCCUAGUGCUGCCAUGUUUGAACAGGUGUGUAAUGAGAAGAUCCAGCCAUUUGACGAUAAUGACAGUGAUGAAGACAUAUGGGAGGACAAGGAAGUUACCUUCUCAAGUCCAACACAACUUAAACCUAGUCUUCCAGCCAAUCUUCCUACUCGUAGCACAGGAGUAAGCAGCCAGGGCAGUGAUGAUGAGGAGGAGGAGGCAGGCAGCAGCUCUAGUGAGGAAGAAUUAGAUUCCCCUGUAAUCAUAAGACAAACACCAUCAAUUCCAGUUGCUGAAAAGAUGGAUGUUGAUUCCAAUGAUGCAUGGCCUAAUGAUGUUGCUAUGGGUGAAGUCCCUGUUGCCAUGGAUACUGUCCCAGCAGGCUGGGGAAAUGCGGCAGGGGCCACAGCUAAAGAAGAUAAUUGGGCAGACUUUAGCAAUGCCAAUACAUCCACAACAUCUAACAGUAGCACAGAUAACUGGGCAGCAUUUGGAAGCUCCAGUCCAUCUCAAAGUGCAGAAGACAACUGGGCAGAUUUUGCCAAUUUCACACCAACUAAAGUAAAAAGUGAAUCUGGGCCACGGAGUAGUUCACCAAUAGCUAUGGAUACUGAGGAAAAUCCAGCUGAGGGAGCCAAUGCAAGACAUCGUGUCUACUUGUCAGCCAGUGCCCCUCCUGAUCUCUCUAGUGUGAUGACAGAAGCAAAGCACAAUGAAAAUACUAAUGCGGGUGAUGACAAUUUAGAAAAUGAUGAAAAUAAAAAUGAAGAAGAUAAGAAUGAAAUCAGACUAGCUGAAGAUAGUAAACGUGACCAGUCCCCAGGAAUAAGUAGUAGUCCAGAGAUCUCAGUGGCAGCUACAAAUACAAAAACUGAUAAAAAAUCUGAGGAAGUAGUUUCCAAUGAAGUGCAGCAGCAACCUGAUAGUCCAGGCCAACCCUUCAGUUCAAAAGAUCCAGGGGAAAGCAAAGAAGGGAAAGGAAGCAUGGAUGAAAACCUAGAAUCUGAGGAAAAAGACCUGUUUGACUUCGAUGAUGAUGAUGAUGAUGAUUUAGCCGAUAAUUUUAAUUUUCUGGCUGGUGCAGGUCUCAUGAAAAAGUCCUCUCUUCCAAACAGCGUGGAAACCAUAAACACUACAGAUAUACAGGGCAAUGGACCAACAGAAGGAAAAGAGGAGUCUGACAGUGAAAAGAUAAAGAAAGCAAGAGCUCAAGCCAUGGAAGCUUUAGAACAGUAUGAAAGUGCCACCUCUACUCCAACAUCUACAGACUCUACAUCAUCUAAUGGUCCAGUGUGACACACAAAUGAUAACCUCAAUGACAGAUCAACUUGGGCUUCUAGGAGGCCAGUAGGUUGGGGAGAAAAAGGGACUGGGCAGACCCAGUGCUUUCCUUAAUUGGCAUUUUAAAGAGGGCAGGAAUGAACCAUGUCAGUAUAGAUCUAAUGUGUCUCUUUUAUAUUUCCAAGAAUAAUAUCAAUGGACAAGAUCACUUUGUACCCUUCCAUGGAAAGGAAGGAGGAGAUUUAGAUCAUGUUGAUUUCUGACAGCAUUCAAUGGAAAACUGGAUUUACUGAUCAAGGACAAAAAUAUACAAGGUGCCAAAGAAGAUUUUAGAAAACAUUUUUGAUAUAGAGAAAGCACCCAGCUUGUUUGAACUUGUGACAUCAUCUACCCACAUCAUUAGGUUGAAUAUUUGUUAAUUUGAUUUUUUUAAAGUUCAGCAAGCCAUAUAUAUCUAUAUCAGAUAUCUCUGUUAGUUACUCAGAAAAAUGGGUUAAUGUAACAGGUUUGAUCUGUGGUACAUUCAAUAUGCUUUUGAGUCAGUACUUUACCUUAGAAUUCUUUGGUUUUAACAGACUCUUAUGAUCUUUUUCCUUUCCAUGGAAAGUGGGAAGAGGAAUGUUCAGAUAUGUUGGCUGCUGACAGUAUUCAAAGGACAUUGCAUUCACUGAUCAAGGACAAAAAAUAUGCAAGGCAUCCAAGAAAAAUUUAGAAAAAUUUUAUUGAUCUAGAUGGAACAUGUUUGAACUGAUGACAUUGUCUGUCCAAACCACUGUUAAAUGUUUAGUAAUAUUAUUGUUAUUUUUGUUGUUAGGUCUGCUUAACAAUGAUAAGAAAACAGAGUGGAUCUUAAGUGCAUUUAGUAUGAUUAUGAAUUUGCACGUUGCCUAAAAAUUAUUUCUUGUCCUGGAUCAGUCAAAACAUUUGGAGUUUGUAAGAGCAUUAUGAUUAUAUCACUGCAUUUCAAGGUCAUGGACUGUAAUCUUCCAUGUAAACAAAUCCACUGGUGUAGAGAAAAUAUUUUUAAACGGUGUGGAUUUGAUAUUUAAUGUCUGUGCAAGUAUUAAAUGUUAUUUUUAUGUAAAUGCAGGCAGUACCUUUAAUAAUUGGAAAAGGAAUACUCCACACUGUCAUCUACUUCAACAAAGAGUGCAGUCCCAUGUUAUAUAGGUCUAUGCACACUUAAAGGUUUUUAUGCUUUGUCCUUUAAGGACUUCUUAUUUAUUAAAAAAAAUUCUUUGAUUAAUGUAUUAUUGGGAAACAAAAUCACAGCACCUGUGUACUUUACAAGAUUGUGAAUCUUUUGACUUGUGAAAUGGAUAGAUAAGAUCAUACCCCAGGCUUUGUUAGAAAAAAAUAAUAUAAUUUUCUUUGUACCUACAUUGUGACAGUCUUACAAGGGUAAUUUAUUUUUGAUUUUAUCUCAGUCCAUUUUAUAUGGAAAUGAUUUGAAAUGGAUCAGUGGUUGAAUAGAAGAAAAGUCAGUCUGUGAUACACAAUAUUGUAGUCAUCAUGUAGUAAAAGUUUUGCUGCAAGUCUUGUAUUUCUCUCUAAAAAGCCGUUCCCUUGGUAUAUCAUUGGGAAAUUGUAACUUGCUUCAUAUUUGGUGAAUGGUAUUGCUGAAAUAUAGACAAACUAUCUCUCCAAGUGCCUGUAUACCUGAGUAAGCUUUGUUAUCAAGGUGCUUGAAUCAAGUUAUAAUGUUUCUGAGUAUUUAAUGAACAAGGUGCUGUGGAACACAAAGGCUAUGCAGCAUUUGUAUUAGUGUCAAUUUCAGAGUUUGUCUCCAGUCCUGCCAUGACUGUUAAUACAAUUAUUCCCUUUAACUCUUAAAUUUGAAAUGCCUAGUUUCAUAAAUGAUUGCUUCUUAACUUUGUAAAUAUGCACAAUAUAGAUAAUUACUAGGCAAUACUGUCCCAAGUUUUCUUGGUGGUUGUUUCCACAGGUGGUGAAAUUGUUCAUAGCUACUGCUCAAUUUUGAAUUGUAUAAAUAUAUCAGCUGUGGAUGUGGUUAACAAACCUGCUUGUUUUAUCAAAGAACAGAUGCCAAACUACGAGGUGUUUCAUGCAUUUGUGAAGAGUUUACCAAAGCGAAGGCGGUCUUAAUUCAGUAGUACAAGUAUCUGUUUGUUAGAAUUUUGGUCACAUUUUAAUUAUGGGUGUAUUAUGUAAAGAUUUAUUCUUCUGUAAUUAAGUCAUUAUAAACAUAUAUCACCCAAGUGGAGCACCUGUAAAACUUCUGUAUUUAUAAAAUUUUACUUUAGACUAAAUGCUGGUAAUAAGGUUAGUAAUACUGGUUAACCACAUGGUGCGUGGAGUUUUUGUACAUGCCUUAUUUUAUCAAAUAUUAUAAAACCUAAAAGAGCAAUUUGUAGAAAUAUGUAUAAAAUUAAAAUCUGACAAAUUAAAUGAAUGCUACAAAAACAUUUA